AAACCUACCACCCAGCAUGUCGACUGAGCUUGUGGUGCAGAGCGAGCGCGCCUUCCAGCGCCAGAAGCUGUUCCUCAACAGCAAGGCGAGCCGCACGGUGACGCGCGACCGCCGCUGGUACAAGGACGUCGGCCUUGGCUUCAAGACGCCGCGCGGUGCGAUUGACGGCGACUACAUUGACAAGAAGUGCCCGUGGACCGGCCUCGUGUCGAUCCGCGGCCGCAUCCUCUCGGGCAAGGUCGUCUCGACGAAGAUGACGCGCACGAUUGUCAUCCGCCGCGAGUACCUGCACUUUGUGCCCAAGUACAACCGCUACGAGCGGCGCCACACCAACACGAGCGUGCACUGCUCGCCGUGCUUCCGUGUGGAUGUGGGCGACGACGUCAUUGUGGGCCAGUGCCGCCCGCUGAGCAAGACGGUGCGCUUCAACGUGCUCAAGGUCAACAAGAACCGUGCGCUCGUCAAGGCGGCCAAGAAGUUCUCCAAGUUCUAAGCGUUGCGCACACCCCCCUUCGCAAUGAACCGAGUUCCUUCCCUGUCCUUCGCCUCUCCCCUCGUGGCAGUCCGUCGUCGGGCUCUGCGGCGCGCCCGUUGCCGCACAAGCGCCGCUGUUACCAUAGCAUCCCUCUCACUCUCACCACACACUCUGCCGUGACCCACACACACACACACACUGUCGCCCUGUACGCACGGGAUGAUUCAU